CAUACUCGGGAAAUUUGAGAAAAAGGGCUCCUUCCUUUGCCAGCUGGGUCGUCUGUACCGUCGGGCUGCUGUCUAAGAUGGACACCGCGCCGUCGGACUGUGAGGCUGGUAUCAAUGGCCCUUCUGACGAGGAGUGCGAGCGCUGCGUGGUGUGCCUGGCCAGGGCAGACGCUUCCAGCGGCGGGCUGAUCUGUGUCCACUGCCAGGACGAGUUCUACUGCGGCGUUCAGCACCGCAACGAACACCGUGACGUCCACCAGAAGGUGUGCUUCCGGCCCACAGGCCUCAGAGUCGUAGAGGCGCUGGGUCUGCCCGCGCUGCCCAAGGAGCUGCUCCUGACGCUGUGUGCGCUGCUGGGCCCGUACGACCUGGUGCGGCUGGGCCAAGUGAACCGCGUGCUGCGCGUCGUGGCGCGCGACCCCGCCGCCUGGCAGCACGUAACCUUCCCGGAGAGGAAGCCCAGUGCAGACGCGGCCGUGGAGAGGGGGGGCCGCUCCAUGAUGGGCAUGCUGGACCGCGAGGCAGCCAUCAAAAGGGCGCUGGGCCGGGACGCGGGGUACGGCGUGCUGCGCGUGGCGCCCGCCCUGGGCACACUGCGCAUCAUCCACUCGUGGCCGCCCGUCAACCUGCUGCGCCACACGCGCCGCGUGCGCGCCCUGGAGCUCCAGUGGACGGAGAUCGCCGGCCUGCACGGCUACGGCUCGGACAAGCUGCGCCGCGUGCUGGAGCACUACCGCGGCCACCUUCAGGUGCUGCAGUUGCCUCGGAUCGACGACGUGGCCCUGCUGCACUUCAUCGACGGCCUGGGGCUGCGGGAGCUGCGCCUGGGCGACGCCGUGGUCAGGACGUACGACGCAGACGGCUCGGUCAGGGGCGUGCCCCAUUUGCUCGUGGGCUCCGACGUCACUGGGGAGGUGCUGCUGGAGCUGCUGCGCCCCAGCGAGGACACUCUCACCAUUUUCCAGGUCAAGUCUCGCCUGAUGGACUUCUGCAAGUGGGCGUUCCGCGAGCCCGAGGCGGGUGUGGUGCCGGCGCUGCGCCGCUGCCCGCUUCUCGAGACGGUGGAGGUGCCGGCCCUCUGGCUGGUGCGCGGCCUCCUCAACGACUUGACGGGCCUCACCGCGCUGCACCUCAUCGACCUGGGCACCCAGGACCACGCCGACGUGCGCAGGGCGCUGGCGACCUUCCCGCUGGCGCGCAACAUCGUCAACAUGAGUGUGACGCUCGCCUUCCAGGCUCAUCGAGGCCUGGUGGAGAUGGUAGCAGACUCCUUCCCGCUGCUCACGCGCCUCUGGCUGGCCUUCGACUCCGACAGCGACCAGCCCACCGUUGACCACAUGUCCAAUGGCGCGCCUGACGCGCCGCGGGACCUGGCAGCCUUGCUAGACCUGCGCCUGAGCCGCCUGGAGGUGCUGUGGCUGUCUGACGUGCGCGUGCCUUGCACCGUGCUGCAGGGGCUUGCCGCGGGUCUGCUACCCAAACUGCGGAAGCUGCGGCUUAUGAACGUCCAGCUGACGCGGCUGGGUCGUGCCGCCCUGGUGGCGCUGCGCGACGCGCGGCCCGCCCUGAGCGUCCAGAAGGAGGGCGUGACGACGGCACGCCGCAACCUGGGGUGGGGGGGCUUGGAGGACGAAGAGCCGCAGCGCUGCGACGAUCCUGCCUGCCAAGCGCUCUCCGACUGCGAGGACGAGGACCCGGUCCCCACCGACGACGAGAGCGAUGACGACGACAGCGACUAGACUAACCCUCAGUUGCGCUGCCACCUUCGUGGAAGACUCGAUCAGUGUACCGGCCACCUGGCAGUCACUCUGCGCUCUCAUUCCAGGAGCGCGACAUCGCGUUGAAACGAAUGUGACAAAAUGUCUCGUUCCCUUGCGCAUUGUGUCACGUUCGUUGACGUGAAUAAGCUAAUUUAUGGCUGAUGCACGUCCAAACGAACGGGACACAAUGCUUAAAGGAACGUAACGUUUUGUCACAUUCUUUUCAACGAGAUGUCGCCCUGGGAUGAGAGUGUUUGUCACCUGCACUGUGCCUCGCGAACAUUGAAGGCCUCGCGUAGGCGUCGAUCCGGUUUAUGGAGUCUUUUUCUCCUACAAUAUUAAAGUUGUUUGCCUUUAAGCGGUGGCCUCUGGCAAGGCGCUGGGACGCUAGUGCGUCUUUUAUCCACACACUGGGCAUGUAUUGUAAUGUCAUUUUAGGACCUUUUAAUAUCUCAAUUGUUCAACCAAUUAACUUUUCUCAUGAUGAAAGUACUGAAUAAUUUUUCAUUGUUGUUCGUUUGAAUUGGAGAAUCUGUAUACUUCUUGCUGUAGAAGUGCUUCCGACUGCAUUAAAUUGUGUUUCCAUGUA